UAUGGGACACAGCCAAGAAGAUUUCGUGCGUCUGGACUGGGAGCUACAACAAGGCAGUCAACUUCAAGCCUCUCCAAGUGUCAAUGCUGGAAGUGGUUCAGACACGUUUCGAGGGUGAUGACGUCAAGUGCUGGAUGGACAUACAGCGAGGAACCUACCCGAAUACGAGCCCCAUGGACGGUAUCCUACGCAUCGGAGAAUCGCUGACUGUGAUGGUUUACCUGAAGGAGACGGGGACGAAGCUCGACGUGGCUGUGAGGGACUGCUGGGCGUAUGGCGAGCCUGAGUUUGAUGAUCCCGAUACCCCGAGUCUCCAGCUUACCAGCACUGACGGUUGUCCCACGCGAAUGAAACUGAUGCACUUCUGGGCAAGGACCUACGACACCUUCGACACAGGCGCGACCCUCAUCACCUACGCUAACAUAUCUGCCUUCAAGUUCCCCGACCGGAUGCAAGUCUUUCUCACGUGUAACGUAGAGAUCUGCACAAAUCGCUGUGACAACCGGUGCUUGGGUGAGCCAGAUGAACCGGUCACUUUUAUCACCAAACCUGAUAUUGUGCAAGUGACUACUCCCCUUACACCCACCCGUCCACCGCCACCUGCGCCUUUCUGCCGUCCAGGUUCCAAUGAUCCUCGAUGUAAGCCAGGGAUAGUCCGUCCAGUGUGUCGCCCAGGUUCUACGGACCCUUCAUGUAGAGCUACUUUACCACCCAAACCACAGUGUUAUCCUGGAUCAACUGAUCCUAGAUGUCAGAAGCUAACAACUUCCUUUACCUGUGUGCCAGGAUCAAGGGAUCCUCGGUGUCAACAGUCGACCACUUCCAGUCCCAACUGUUUUCUUGGUUCCUCUGACCCAAGAUGCACAAGAUUUACAACACCUCGUCCUACACCAAAGCCAACAACAGCACCUCCUAACUGUUAUCUUGGUUCUCGUGAUCCUAGAUGUCCACAGCCAAUAACUCCACGUCCUACUAUCAGACCAACUACUCAGUUUACUUGUAGAAUAGGCUCAAAAGACCCAAGAUGCCAGCAACCAACAACUCCAACACCAACUUUCACUCAGUUCUUCUGUGUCCCAGGAUCCAGAGAUCCUCGUUGUCCUCAACCCACAACUCCUCGACCAGUCACCACUCCAACUACACAAUUCACUUGCCGUCCAGGUUCUUUGGAUCCAAGGUGUCCACAGCCAUCUACAUCUAUACCCAGAUGUUUUCCUGGUUCUACAGAUCCACAGUGUCCGAGACCAACAACUCCACGACUUACACCCAGACCAACUACUCAGUUUAAGUGCUUGCCAGGUUCUAGGGAUCCAAGAUGUCCUCAACCUACUACAUCCAAACCUAGAUGUUAUCCUGGAUCAACAGAUCCACAGUGUCCAAGACCAACAACUCCACGACCUACAUCCAGGCCAACCACUCAGUUUAAUUGCUUGCCAGGUUCUAGGGAUCCAAGAUGUCCUCAACCUACUACAUUCAAACCUAGAUGUUAUCCUGGUUCAACAGAUCCACAAUGUCCAAGACCAACAACUCCACGUCCUACACCUAGACCAACAACUCCUAGACCCAUCACUCCUUUCCGUUGUGUGCCAGGUUCAAGAGAUCCUCGAUGCCCUCAACCCACAACAUCCAGUCCUAUAUGUUUUCCAGGUUCAAGAAAUCCAGGAUGCCCUCAGCCAACAACACCUCGUCCCACACCAAAACCAACAACAGCUCCUCCUAACUGUUAUCCUGGUGCUCGGGAUCCAAGAUGUCCUAAACCUACAACUCGUCCAACAGUCCGUCCAACCACCCAGUUCUCUUGCAGGCCAGGUUCAAAGGAUCCAAGAUGCCAGCUACCAACUACCCCAAAACCCACUUUUACCCAAUUCUUUUGUGUCCCAGGAUCCAGAGAUCCUCGCUGUCCUCAACCUACUACUCCUCGACCAACACCAACUACGCAAUUCAUCUGCCGCCCUGGCUCCAAAGAUUCAAGAUGUCCUCAGCCAACUACAUCCAAACCUAUAUGUUAUCCUGGUUCAUCAGAUCCUCAGUGUCCAAGACCAACAGCUCCACGUCCUUCACCCAGACCAACUACUCAGUUUAAGUGUUUGCCAGGUUCUAGGGAUCCAAGAUGUCCUCAACCUACUACAUCUAGACCUAGAUGUUAUCCUGGUUCAACAGAUCCUAUCUGUUCAAGACCAACAACUCCACGUCCUUCACCUAGGCCAACUACACAAUUUACCUGCCUUCCUGGAUCAUCUGAUCCGAGAUGUCUUCCAACAACAUCCAGACCUAAUUGCUAUCCUGGUUCUCCUGACCCAAGAUGCAGAAGUGCAACAACCCCACAACCUAUCCCACCCUUUACUUGUGCACCAGGUUCCAAAGAUCCCCAAUGCCGUGAACCCACAACACCACGUCCAGUAUGUUUCCCAGGUUCAAGAAAUCCAGCAUGCCCCCAACCAAUAACUCCUCGCCCUACACCAAGACCAACAACUCCUCGCCCUACACCAAGACCAACAACUCAGUUUACAUGUGCAUUUGGUUCAAAGGACCCUCAGUGUAUUCAGCCUGACUGUUAUCCUGGUUCAAGUGACCCUAGAUGUCGUGGAGUGACAACACCCCGACCAACACCUAGGCCAACAACUCCAUUCACCUGUCUACCAGGUUCAACUGACCCUCGUUGUAGACAAAUAACAAUAGCUCCUAACUGUUAUCCUGGUUCCCCUGAUCCUAGAUGCUCAGAGUUUACAACACCUCGUCCUACACCAAAGCCAACAACAGCACCUCCUAACUGUUAUCUUGGUUCUCGUGAUCCUAGGUGUCCACAGCCAACAACUCCACGUCCUACUAUCAGACCAACUACUCAGUUUACUUGUAGAAUAGGCUCAAAAGACCCAAGAUGCCAGCAACCAACAACUCCAACACCAACUUUCACUCAGUUCUUCUGUGUCCCAGGAUCCAGAGAUCCUCGCUGUCCUCAACCUACUACUCCUCGACCAACACCCGCUCCAACUACACAAUUCAUCUGCCGUCCUGGUUCUAAAGAUUCAAGAUGUCCUCAACCUACUACAUCCAAACCUAGAUGUUAUCCUGGUUCAACAGAUCCACAGUGUCCAAGACCAACAACUCCACGACCUACAUCCAGGCCAACCACUCAGUUUAAGUGCUUGCCAGGUUCUAGGGAUCCAAGAUGUCCUCAACCUACUACAUUCAAACCUAGAUGUUAUCCUGGUUCAACAGAUCCACAAUGUCCAAGACCAACAACUCCACGUCCUACACCUAGACCAACAACUCCUAGACCCACCACUCCUUUCCGUUGUGUGCCAGGUUCAAGAGAUCCUCGAUGCCCUCAACCCACAACAUCCAGUCCUACAUGUUUUCCAGGUUCAAGAAAUCCAGGAUGCCCUCAGCCAACAACACCUCGUCCCACACCAAAACCAACAACAGCUCCUCCUAACUGUUAUCCUGGUGCUCGGGAUCCAAGAUGUCCAAAACCUACAACUCGUCCAACAGUCCGUCCAACCACCCAGUUCUCUUGCAGGCCAGGUUCAAAGGAUCCAAGAUGCCAGCUACCAACUACCCCAAAACCCACUUUUACCCAAUUCUUUUGUGUCCCAGGAUCCAGAGAUCCUCGCUGUCCUCAACCUACUACUCCUCGACCAACACCAACUACGCAAUUCAUCUGCCGUCCUGGCUCCAAAGAUUCAAGAUGUCCUCAGCCAACUACAUCCAAACCCAGAUGCUAUCCUGGUUCUACAGAUCCACAGUGUCCAAGACUAACAACCCCCCGUCCUACACCUAGACCAACUACUCAGUUUAAGUGUUUGCCAGGUUCAAGGGAUCCAAGAUGUCCUCAACCUACUACAUCCAAACCUAGAUGUUAUCCUGGUUCAACAGAUCCACAGUGUCCAAGACCAACAACUCCACGACCUACACCCAGGCCAACUACUCAGUUUAAAUGCUUGCCAGGUUCAAGGGAUCCAAGAUGUCCUCAACCUACUACGUCCAAACCUAGAUGUUAUCCUGGUUCUACAGAUCCGCAAUGUCCAAGACCAACAACUCCACGACCUACACCCAGGCCAACUACUCAGUUUAAGUGCUUGCCAGGUUCAAGGGAUCCAAGAUGUCCUCAACCUUCUACAUCCAAACCUAGAUGUUAUCCUGGUUCAGCAGAUCCACAAUGUCCAAGACCAACAACUCCACGACCUACACCCAGGCCAACUACUCAGUUUAAGUGUUUGCCAGGUUCUAGGGAUCCAAGAUGUCCUCAACCAAUUACAUCUAGACCUAGAUGUUAUCCUGGUUCAUCAGAUCCUCAGUGUCCAAGACCAACAACUCCACGUCCUUCACCCAGACCAACUACUCAGUUUAAGUGUUUGCCAGGUUCUAGGGAUCCAAGAUGUCCUCAACCUACUACAUCUAGACCUAGAUGUUAUCCUGGUUCAACGGAUCCUCUGUGUCCAAGACCAACAACUACACGUCCUUCACCUAGGCCAACUACACAAUUUACCUGCCUUCCUGGAUCAUCUGAUCCAAGAUGUCUUCCAACAACAUCCAGACCUAAUUGCUAUCCUGGUUCUCCUGACCCAAGAUGCAGAAGUGCAACAACCCCACAACCUAUCCCACCCUUUACUUGUGCACCAGGUUCCAAAGAUCCCCAAUGCCGUGAACCCACAACACCACGUCCAGUAUGUUUCCCAGGUUCAAGAAAUCCAGCAUGCCCCCAACCAAUAACUCCUCGCCCUACACCAAGACCAACAACUCCUCGCCCUACACCAAGACCAACAACUCAGUUCACAUGUGCAUUUGGUUCAAAGGACCCUCAGUGUAUUCAGUCAACAUCUCCUCCUGACUGUUAUCCUGGUUCAAGUGACCCUAGAUGUCGUGGAGUGACAACACCCCGACCAACACCUAGGCCAACAACUCCAUUCACCUGUCUACCAGGUUCAACUGACCCUCGUUGUAGACAAAUAACAAUAGCUCCUAACUGUUAUCCUGGUUCCCCUGAUCCUAGAUGCUCAGAAUUUACAACACCUCGUCCUACACCAAAGCCAACAACAGCACCUCCUAACUGUUAUCUUGGUUCUCGGGAUCCUAGGUGUCCACAGCCAACAACUCCACGUCCUACUAUCAGACCAACUACUCAGUUUACUUGUAGAAUAGGCUCAAAAGACCCAAGAUGCCAGCAACCAACAACUCCAGCAACAACUUUCACUCAGUUCUUCUGUGUCCCAGGAUCCAGAGAUCCUCGCUGUCCUCAACCUACUACUCCUCGACCAACACCCGCUCCAACUACCCAAUUCAUCUGCCGUCCUGGUUCCAAAGAUUCAAGAUGUCCGCAACCUACUACAUCCAAACCUAGAUGUUAUCCUGGUUCAACAGAUCCACAGUGUCCAAGACCAACAACUCCACGACCUACAUCCAGGCCAACUACUCAGUUUAAGUGCUUGCCAGGUUCUAGGGAUCCAAGAUGUCCUCAGCCAAUUACAUCCAAACCUAGAUUAACAACUCCCCGUCCUACACCCAGACCAACUACACAAUUCAUCUGCCUUCCAGGUUCUAGAGAUCCAAGAUGUUUACAGACAACAACAUCCAGACCUAGAUGUUAUCCAGGCUCAACAGAUCCACAGUGUUCAAGACCAACAACUCUCCGUCCUACACCCAGACCAACUACACAAUUCACCUGCCUUCCAGGUUCUACAGAUCCAAGAUGUCCACAACCAACAACAUCCAAACCCAGAUGUUAUCCUGGUUCAACAGAUCCACAGUGUCCAAGACCAACAACUCCCCGUCCUACACCCAGACCAACUACACAAUUCUCCUGCCGUCCAGGUUCAAGAGAUCCAAGAUGUUCUCCGCCAACAACGUCCAGACCCAAUUGCUAUCCUGGUUCUCCUGACCCAAGAUGCAGAAGCCAAACAACUCCACAACCCACCACUACUUUCUUCUGUACACCAGGUUCCAAAGAUCCUCGAUGUCAACCAAGUGUUACUUGCCCACCUGGGUCAACUGAUCCAGAGUGUGUUAUUCCAGCUGAGCCAAAUUGUGUCCCUGGUACAAAUGAUCCAAGAUGUCCUACAACACCUCGUCCCUUCAGAUGCACACCGGGUUCCAGAGACCCAAGAUGCCCUCAGCCUACUACUCUUCCAACUCCUAAGCCAACAGUUCGCCCUACUCCCAAGCCUACUACUCGUCCUACUGCUCGACCAACAACUCAAGUACCAGAUGGUACCAACCAAUUUACAUUUACAACGAAGAAGCCUAGUCAUGACCAGGACUUCCAUGGUGACAAGGAUCCCAAAUAUCAUGCUUUCCAUUCGUGGUUGUACCAGCCAGCCCCACGUCCUCGUAAUCGUGUGCGAGGCCGUCGCGAGGUAGAUGAGGGCAAGUCGAUGAUGGUAAGCGUGGGUGUGCAGCAACUAGUUGAAGCACCUCAAACCAAAUCAGGACUUAUAGUUGUGGACACCGAGGGCGAGAAUCUCCUUGUGGAAAUGCCAAAUAACGGUCGCCUAGUUCUACCACUACGUAAUGCUCAAGCUGUGAUUGAGGAUGUACCUAUAGAGUAUGACAAUCAAAUGAUUGAGUCACUGAGACGACAUAGAAGGUUUGUUGCAGACAAUGAAACACCUCAAAGAGGAGAGCAAGUUUACUCCAGCUCAUCUAAAAACUACUCAAUACUAUCAUUAUCUGCUACUUCAGCCAUCUUGUUAUUUGGAGUUCUAGUAGGUUUUGUGGGAUUAGUAAUCGUUAUAGCACGAAAAUGGGCAGGGAGUAAAGAUACAGGUUACAAUCAGUGCAUAGAAACACUGUAGAUAAAUGUAUAAUGGUUAAGGGAUAUUGUCCUCACAUUGGUUCUUUCAUCAUUUUUCAGUCUAUCCAGUUCUGAUAUUAACGAUAAGUAUGUACCAAAAUUCAGUACCACGUUAAAUUCCUUAUUAUAACCAAAUUACACUACAGCGUUUUCACUGUUGGAAGAAUAGAUCCUGAAGAGCAUUCAUUCAUUCAGCCUGCCGGCAUAGGAAUAUUAACUUUUAAGAUUUUUAAGGUUACUUGCUAAGGAGGUUCUCUGAGCGGGCUCAGAGAAUUAAGUGAUCAGAGUGAUUAUGUUAAAUUGAUGUGAUAUGUAUUUCAUAGAAAUUCGACAAAUGUGUAACUGUUAAAAAGUUUUCUUUAAGUCGGCCUGUUCCUACUUAACUAAUACCUGAUGUGUUGACAGAAAAAAGUAGGCCUAGGUCUAUAUUGCUUGUGUUCACUACAGCCGGCUGUUACUGAGCUUCAAGCACGGUUUGAAAAGAAUCCUGAGCCGAACCGUUUGUUUGUCUUUGUAGAAUUAUAAUAAAACUAUUGGUCUUCUAAUUUCUAGAAAUAUAUUUUACACUGUGUGGUUCGCAUAUCGCUUUCAUUCUCUCUCUCUCUCUCUCUCUCUCUCUCUCUCUCUCUCUCUCUCUCUCUCUCUCUCUCUCUCUCUCUCUCUCUCUCUC